AUGAUGGCUGCAGAGAUGUCCAGAGUGAGCACACCUCUGCUCCCCUUGGCCCAGGGACCUCUAGAAGAAGACGAACAGGAGGAGGUCACCACCAUGAUCCUGGAGGAAGACUCCUGGGUGCAAGAAGCUGUUCUGCAGGAGGAUGGGCCUGAAUCUGAGACCUUUCCCCAGAAUGCCAGCAGAGGCAACCCAGAGGAGGAGGUGGGUGGGGAGCCACAGGGCGCACUCAGUCGCCUUCGAGAACUCUGCCGACGCUGGCUGAGGCCAGAGGUGCACACCAAGGAGCAGAUGCUGACUGUGCUGCCAAGGGAGAUUCAGGCGUGGCUGCAAGAGCAUCGCCCAGAAAGCAGUGAAGAGGCAGUGGCCCUGAUGGAAGACUUAACACAGACCCUUCGAGAGAGUGAUUUUGAGAUCCAGAGUGAAAAUGGGGAGGCCUCCCACCACGAUGUGUUUGGAGAAUCCCAUGAGAUGUUUGCAGAAAUGCCAGAAGAGGAGGGCAUCCAGCAGUAUGACUGGGAAAGUGACUUUGAGAGAGACAGUGGCUCCGUGAGGUCCCAGGGAAAUGCCCCCCGUGAGGACCCUGUGGAGGCACAGCCGCAGGGAAGGGAAACUGGACAGCUCAUUGGCCUGCAGGGCACCUAUCUGGGUGAGAAGCCCUAUGAAUGUCCCCAGUGCGGGAAGGCGUUCAGCCGGAAAUCCCAUCUAAUCACUCAUGAGCGGACCCACACAGGAGAGAAAUACUACAAAUGCGAUGAAUGUGGGAAGAGCUUUAGUGAUGGUUCAAACUUCAGUAGACAUCAGACCACUCACACGGGGGAGAAACCAUACAAGUGCAGAGACUGUGGGAAAAGCUUCAGCAGGAGUGCAAACCUCAUUACUCACCAGAGGAUCCACACGGGAGAGAAGCCCUUCCAGUGCGCCGAGUGCGGCAAGAGUUUCAGCAGGAGCCCCAACCUCAUUGCCCACCAGCGAACCCACACGGGAGAGAAGCCAUACACCUGCCCCGAGUGCGGGAAGAGUUUUGGCAACCGGUCCAGCCUUAACACACACCAGGGAAUCCACACAGGGGAGAAGCCCUAUGAAUGUAAAGAGUGCGGUGAAAGCUUCAGCUACAACUCGAACCUCAUCCGACACCAGCGCAUCCACACAGGGGAGAAGCCGUACAAAUGCACCGACUGCGGGCAGAGGUUCAGCCAGAGCUCGGCGCUCAUCACGCACCGGAGGACUCACACGGGGGAGAAGCCCUACCAAUGCGGCGAGUGCGGAAAGAGCUUCAGCCGCAGCUCCAACCUGGCCACACACCGCAGGACGCACCUGGUGGAAAAGCCCUACAAGUGUGGUGAGUGCGGCAAGAGCUUCAGCCAGAGCUCCAGCCUGAUCGCACACCAGGGCAUGCACACGGGCGAGAAACCCUACGAGUGCCUGACGUGUGGGGAGAGCUUCAGCUGGAGCUCCAACCUCAUCAAGCACCAGCGCAUCCACACGGGUGAGAAGCCCUACAAGUGCGGGCAGUGCACCAAGUGCUUCAGCCAGCGCUCGCAGCUGGUGGUGCACCAGCGGACCCACACCGGCGAGAAGCCUUACAAGUGCCUCAUGUGUGGCAAGAGCUUCAGCCGGGGCUCCAUUCUGGUCAUGCACCAGCGAGCCCACCUGGGAGACAAGCCCUAUAGGUGCCCCGAGUGUGGGAAGGGCUUCAGCUGGAAUUCUGUCCUCAUCAUCCACCAGCGGAUCCACACAGGAGAGAAGCCCUACAAGUGCCCGGCGUGUGGCAAAGGCUUCAGCAACAGCUCCAACUUCAUCACACACCAGAGGACGCACGUGAAAGAAAAACUGUACUGA